AUGACCACUCGUAAUCGAACAGUCCCUACAGCCACUAGGGGAGACGAUACCAAGCAAUGGCCACAGAAUGAGUUGGAGCCGAGCAGGCCUCGCCAGACGAUGGCCACCACCCAGCGACACAACAUCGAACAGAAGAGCCAUGGUGACGGUCCCCGGCGGCACCACACCUCUUCCAGAGUGGUCGACUCGACUUCUGCACUUGAUUCUGCCCACCGCAAACAUUCGAGUAGGCACCAUACUGGUUCUGCCGCGCCCUCGAACCCGUAUGGUACCUCCGCCCAAUCUCAGAACCAUGUAGCGUCCGGCGCUACGCCAGUAGCAACUUCGCGGUCCCGCCAUGCUACUGACGACUACCAUACUUACGCCAAGCGACAGACAGAGAAGCGCAGCCCGCGGUCAUCUAACGAGAGAAUUGCUUUUGCGGAGGAGCCUAAGGCUUCCAAAUCACCUGCACAUUCGCGGAGUGGGUAUCCUCCUGCCCCCACUGCUCAGGGCUCGGCCUCGACGCAGACACAUUGGCUGGCUCCUCCGCAGGUGACGUCCGACUUUUCUGCCUCUCGGCACCAGAGAGAUCGCGACAGAGACAAGGAGCGGGAGCGGGAGCGAAGGAGGGCGGAGAAGGAGCGCUCAAAGGAUAUGGAAAGAGUGAAGGAGAAGGACCGAGAUCAAGACCGACGACGGGAUAAGGAGCGUGAUAAGGAGCGCUCUAGCAGGGAUCCUGGAAGGCAGAGGGAGAAGGAGAAGUCAAAGGAUCGCGAAGGUAGAAAGAGGGACGAAUACAGGAGUGCUGAACGUGCAAACUCUGCCGCUCUUCAAGCAUCCUCAAGCCUGCAAACCGCCCAGAGGGUGCUGCACACGGAUGAUCGGCCGCCAACAGGACGACUUGCGAAUCAACCAUCUCAGUCGAGCUAUUCGUAUGCGUUGGACCAAACGUCUAUCCGUGCGGUUCCUGGAGCUUCGACAGCUGCAGUCCAAUCAGAGACUGUAUCGUAUGGAGGACAGCAUCCCUCCCACAGCAGUGCUCAGGUCCGCGCGCAUGACCGAGAGAGGAGUUCUUCUCGUCCUCAUCGCUCACAUCGAGACAGGUUGGCUGGGCCGAAUGGUCAAGAUUCGGGGAUGUCAAGCAGUGAACAGGAACAGUCUACCAGAGAGCGUUUACGGUCUUCUGAGCGACGACAUGCCACGCGAGACUACAACGUUGACGGGCAACCAUCUGGCCCCUCAGGUAGUGAGACAGAGCGAGGCAGCAUACGAGAGCGCCGGAAGGUCAACCGCUUAAAUACCGACGCAAGUGGCCAUGCAAGAGUCGUCCCCACUAACGAGACGAGUUCUAAGCAAAUGACCUCCUAUCCUGUAGCAGUGCAUCAGGAUGCUGCUAUUACAUGGGGCCAACAAGCGAGGUCCGCCUCACAUUCUCGGGAAUCUCCCCGACGCCUAGCGGGGAAUUUUCCAUUACCUGGGAUUGGGGCACAAGCGCAUUUUGUUGGGUUGUCUCAGACCCAGCCUACUGUACCCGUAGGUCCAAUAUCUCAGCGAUACAUACCACAGAUAGUCAGUAUUCGGGCUGGUCAGGGUCCUGCCGAUCCUCAAACUCCAGUUAUGCUCCCGAAGUCGUCAAGCACACCCACGAUUAAUCGCGCACAAGAAAUACUACCCCUGGACCAGGUAUCGCACGAAGUAAUUCCUCGAUCCGUGGUUACGAAUCAGCCGUACAAUAGUUAUACUCCUGAUGCGCCGCCAGCCGGAAACUUGCAUCCUGUGCAGCAAGCCAUACGGUCGGUUGAAGGGAUAGUGCGACCUUCAUCGUCUGCUGCUCGUCGAGCCGCUACAACAGGACCUCCGACAAUGUCUGCUCCAAAUUAUGUAAAGCAUCAGUAUCAAGAGCAGCCGUAUGCUUCUCGCACAAGCCUUGAGGAGCGGGUCCAUGUUGGUAGACCUGGAGUCCAAGAUACGGCCGUCGAUGGUGGACAACACGGUCAACUGGAAGGUCAGGCAGCAAUGCGGACUGCGCAGAAUCUCCACGCAGAUGCCUCCCGUUCACCAGCACCACUGUAUUCCGGGAUGUCUCCUACCGAUCCGCAGUAUGCCUCAUAUAGUGCGAGUCAUGGUAGCCUGCGACGUAAAGCCAGUGCCUCUAAAGCGACUAUUGCACCACCUGGCUCGGACUCCUUGUUCACCGGCGCCAACGUUUCUUCAGCGCAUUCAGCGACCAUUUCAGUUCAGUAUGCUGCAGGUCCUCAAGCAAAUGGCCAGGUGUUCGACCCGCGAUCUCCGAAGUCAUCUAUCGUUCCGCCUCCGACGGUAAUGGUUGCUCAAGCCACUUUUUCGCCCGCUCCUCACUCAGCACCACCCGUUAUGCAACACCAAGAGGGAUUUGUAGGUCAAUCGCCCGCUCGGUAUGCUCAGUCGGCAUUGGCGCAUGCUGCGCCGACCGGAUAUUCUCCGUCACGCAGAGGACAAAUGGUGUCACAUUCACCCGGCAUGCCAAAUGUCAUCCCACCAGGUUCCACGCCGAGGCAAUCUGCGUCGGCUCGCCUGCAUUCUCAGCGAAAUGGGUCCAAUGACACCAUCGCUCAAUCGCCCGCGCCCCGACCCUCCCCACCUAUGAGCGCUUCGCAGCAGCCCACGAUGAAUCCUUCUAGUUCUGCUCACUCGCAUGUUAAUACAUCACGUCCUGACACGACCCCUUCACGACAACAUCAUGACUUGACUUCCGGAUACCCAGAGCCCGUCCGUUAUCGCUCGCCUGCUUCAUCUACAUACCCCAAUGGGUCAGCCUAUCCUGCCGUCCUUACCCAGUCGCAAUCUUCGAAUGCUUACCCUUCAUACGCUUCUCGAUCCGCUACUCAUCCAACUGCUUCCUCAGCACCCUCUGACAAUGCGGAAACGCAGCGCGGUGCGUUCAUCACAGGCCAGCAAUCUAGAGCUGGACCAGAUACUGCGCAGCAUCCAGAAUACGCUCCACGCGUCCAGGAUCAUCCGGUUGGACCGUCACCUAUGUCGACGACAGGAAGUCAUCGUAUGCCUCCUCGAUCAGCGCCGUCGCCCUCCCCGACUAUCACUGGGCGACAACAAUAUGCUUUCCCUUCCCCUGGAACUAGGUCACCUCAGAUGGUCCCCUCAUCCCCAGCACCAGUACGAAGUAACACGUUCACGCCGGCGACUCGCCGCCCCGAUCCUACACCUUUGUCAGGCCCUGGUCACACUCGCACGGCGUCGGAGCCUCAGUAUAGUACAGUCACCAGCCGUGCAGCGUCCUCAAAUGGCGUCUCUGCACAUGCGAAAUCUCGGUCAGAUUCGCGAGCCGUAUCCGGUACUGCCCAUGAACAGGAUCUCCUACUGACACCUUCGUCUUUGGCGCCAUCUAUGCUACCUCGUCAACCAUCUACUGCGUCUACUGCGAUGCCUGCUGUCUCUCAGUCUACGAAGGAGAAGUCAGCUAAGGAUGCAAGGAAGAGGGGCGGCUUCUUUAGUCUGUUCAGGUCUAGGUCCUCUCCUCCCAAGCGGCAGGAAGAACAGACCACGAAAGUAACCCCUUCUGGAUCCAGGCCUGCAGAACAGCAGCGGCCGCGAAAGGUUUCCGCUCCUGUGAUUUCAUCCGUCCAGCACGUCCAGCCUUCCUACGCUCAGGCGUCUCCAAACCAAACCUCCUACGUGCGAUCACCCUCAACUCAGGCGUCAUACAUGCAUACUACUCCUACUCAAGCGCAAUUCAUGCAACUUCCACCUGAUACACAGGUUACAAAUGGAAGUGUCAAGUACGCUGCGCCCAAUGGUGUGCAGUACGCUUCGACUGCGGGCCGAGACAAACCGCGCGAGACUUCAAGUGUUCACAGGUACCACGCGCCUCCCACUGCUACGCCAGCACAGGCGCCAUCGAGGAUGUUCACGCCAUUUAGGCUGCUCUCCAAGCAUCAUCGCACAGUUUCGGCUGCAUCAGUGGAAGCUGAAGCUGGAACUGCCGCUAAUACUGUAAUUACCGGGGCAGGUUCAACACGCAGCUCUACGGCUGGCAGGUUGUCGCCACCCUUGCGAGACCCAAUGCUUGCAACUCAGGAUUGGAGGAACAAAGAGGAGGCUGAAUUUGCGGAUCGCGGGACGUGGCGCAGGCGCCGCCCAGGAGUAACGUUUGAUCUCGAAGAUGAGCUUACAGAAUUGUCGGCGGAGCCGUCAACCGUUCGUCCUCCCCGGAAGAGCUCUCGACGACCCUCGCAGAACGAGGAUUAA